AUGUCCAACCAAGUUCCCAGAGUUGACCAGUGGAUAUUUGCUUUCUCCGCUUCCCCUAAGGGACGAACAUAUUGCACUCAUAUUUUCCUCCCUUCAACAAUUAUAUCAGCUGCACCCUCAGCUGAGUUGAAGAUCCUUCAACGUGGUGGUAGGGCUCACACUGGGAGACAGGAGAGCAUCAAUCAAGAUGAAAUUACUAUGUCAGCAGCUGAACUACAGUCUAUGAGGACAGAACUGGAAAGGCUACACAAAGCUGAACGUGUGGAAGCUAACAAGACUGCUGAAGUCCAAAAGAAAAUAGAAUCCAGAAAACUAGCUGCUCACAGAUUGUCCCAAGAGACAGAGGAGGAAGAGUCUUCCCAACCCUCCUCUCCUAAGCGCAUCAGGAGGAACCCACCUACUGAUCUCAUUGACGACGACCUAGAUGAAGAUGAGGAGGCUCUAGCAAGAAGUCUACCUCCUAUUGUCAACUCUAAGUCUAGAUCUAGACGUAUUGACUCUGAUGAAGAGGACCAGGACCAGGACCAGAGCCAGGAGACAGAAAGUCAUGACAAAAAUAAAGAAAGUGUUUCAAAUACUGAGGAUAAUCAGGAAAGCAGAGGGGAGAAUGGAGAGGAGGGCAAUAAUAAUGGUAUCAUUGAGAUCAGUGAAGAGGGACCACCUACUGGCAAGCGCAAGAGAUCUCCCAAUGGCACCAGAAAGGAGAAAGUCACUUUGUCUAUACUGGAGAAGAGUAUCAGAGAUCUUGCUAUAGCAGGACAUGAUUAUCUACGCAUGUAUAUUGCAACUCAAAACACUUUUCCUGACAGCACCACAAAAGCUUCUUUCUCCUGGAAGCAUUUGGAGGAAGCUAUGUGGAAGGGCGUCUCAUCUAUGAGAGGAACGGUGGCCAACAAGGCUAGGGAGACUAUAGGUGAUGCAUUGGGACUUUCAGGGAUGAAGAGGGACGAUAUUGUGGAGGCAGUUGAGUGGAUGCUAAAGGAUCUUAAGAAAGUCCGAAAGGGAGGUGAAGGUGAAGAUGACAUUUCUUUGCCUUUUAUUUCUGGUGACUUGGACAUCAAGAUGGAGUGCGCUCUCUCUUGCUGGGAGACUGGAGUUUUUGUCAAAAAAGACUUCAGAGAUGUGUAUUACAAACCAAAGUAUCAAUUCUACUUACGCUUUCUCAAGAAUCUUCAGGAGAAGGCUCCAAGGUGGACGAUGAAAAUGAGGGAAGAGAUGUACCAGAAUGUUCUGGAAGAAUCUAAUAUGACCUAUCUUCUUCAUAUAGAGGAUGAUGGUGAAGGUGAAGGUGGGAAUGGUAGACAGGAGGGUAAGAUUGAUGUAGAUUAUGAUGCACUAGAAGUGUCUGCAGCUUGA